AUGAGUAUUCCAUUCAAGAGAGCAUCGAAGGAGGAGGCUGGGUCCAGCAGCUCUGCAAAGAAGCUGAAGCAGGGCCCAGAGACUGGCACCGGAGAGCUUGCUGCCAUCGAAGAAGGCUGUGGACCUUCAACUGGCAUUGCUAAUCUCGAGGAUACAGACCAGACUCGGCCUGAAGUCAAGCAAACAACCAGAGAGUCAAUCUCGGAGUUGUUUGGCUUCCCUAUGGGGAGGGACGAGACUUGGGGUAAUGUUUUGCUCGGCUUGUUGGAAGAGGGCUCUGAUAAGGACUCUCUCAAGGACUUCGUUGAGUCUCACAAGGCUGACAAGUGGAAGCGCGGUGAAUCUACCGAAGAUGUUCUCGCAUUCUUGCAGAGCAAGGCGAUAGGUUGGGCUGAUCAUGAUCCAGAGCUGACACUCAUCUGGAAACGUUUCAUCCCUAGGUUCCAAACGCUCCUCGGAGCAGAGUAUUCCACAAAGUUGCUCUGCAAGCCGUCUGGCCCGCUGGAUGCCAUCCUUACAAUAGUUUGGCACUAUCCAACAUUCACGACCAAGAAGCACAACUAUGGUCAUGUUUUCGACACGUCAAACCCGUGCCUCAGAUUUCAGUGGCAGAAGUUGGCAACAGUCAUUCAUUCGCACCCAAGACCAUGUCGUGGUCCGUGA